GUAUAAUACUUUUUGUUUAUUUAUAAUGAAUCAUGAAAUUGAAACACUACAACUUUUUCUGAAUAAAAAAUUUACUAACUUUAAGUAUUUAUUUGAAUUAAAAUCGAAUUUGAAUUUAAAUGUGACUUAAUAAAAUAAUUUUAUAAAUAUAAAUUUGUAUUAUUAUUUUUUCAUCUUACAUUCUAGCUAAAAAUUAAAAUGAAUACUGUAAAAAACAUAUUUACAAAAAAAAAACCUUUAUUGGUUAAUCGUACUAAAGAAAUUGAAGAAUCUAGAUCAAAACUUCCAAUUAUUGGUGAAGAACAAGUUAUCAUGGAGGCUAUCAAUGACAACGAUGUAGUUAUAAUUGUUGGAGAAACUGGUAGUGGUAAGACUACUCAGCUACCACAAUUUUUGUAUGAAGCUGGAUAUUCAAGUGAAAAUCAAAUAAUUGGAGUAACUGAACCCAGACGUAUUGCUGCUAUUUCAGUAUCACAACGUGUUGCUGAAGAACUUAAUGAAUCAUCUGAAGUUGUUUCAUACUUAAUACGUUUUGAAGGAAAUACAGGGCUGAAUACAAAAAUUAAAUUCAUGACUGAUGGUGUAUUAAUUAAAGAAAUCCAAAGAGAUUUCUUAUUAAAUAAGUACUCAGCAAUUUUACUAGAUGAAGCACAUGAACGACGUAUAUAUACUGAUAUACUUAUUGGAAUAUUAUCUCGUAUAGUCCGUUUGAGAAGUAAACGAAAAAAUCCACUUAAAUUGAUUAUCAUGUCAGCAACUUUAAAAAUUGAUGAUUUUUCUAAAAAUGAAAAGCUUUUUUUAAUACCACCUCCCAUUAUUGAAUUAAGUUCAAGACAAUAUCCAGUAACAAUACAUUUUAAUAGACAAACUCCAACUGAUUAUUUAACUGAAGCUUUUAAUAAAAUAUCUAAAAUUCAUACAAAAUUACCAGCUGGAGCAAUUUUAGUUUUUGUUACAGGAAAGCUUGAAGUGAAACAACUAGUAUCUAAACUCCGUAAAACAUUUCCUUAUAAUGAAAAUGUGCCUGGAGGAAAACAAAAUUCUAGUAAAAAAGCAAAAAUAAAAAAAAAAAUUAUAACUUCACUUCCUGAUAUCAACUUAGAUGAUUACGAUAUUGAAAUUCAUUCAGAGGAUGAUUUAAUACUUUCAGAUAAUUCUACUGAUGAUGAUGUAGAGGAAAUACCUAACAAAUUUAUUAGAUCUAGUUAUUGCCCUCUUUGGGUAUUGCCUUUAUAUUCAAUGUUACCAGCACAUAAACAGAAAAAUAUUUUUGAACCUCCUCCUGAUGGUUGUAGACUAUGUGUUGUAAGUACAAAUGUUGCUGAACUAUCUUUAACUAUACCAAAUGUAAAAUAUGUUGUUGAUAGUGGAAAAACAAAAAUUAGAGAAUAUGAUCCUUUAACUAGUAUUUCAAGGUUUUCAAUAGUUUGGGAAAGUAAAGCAUCUGCAAAUCAAAGAGCAGGGCGUGCUGGAAGAACAUCACCUGGUCAUUGUUAUAGGUUAUUUUCUUCAGCUUUAUUUAAUGAUGAAUUUCCAGAAUGGAAUUUACCUGAAAUUCAAACUACUCCAAUUGAUAAUGUUAUCUUACAAAUGAAAGCUAUGAAAAUAGAUAAAAUAGUUAAUUUUCCAUUUCCAACGCCACCCAAUAGACAAACUAUUAUUGAAGCUGAGAAAAGAUUAAGUUUACUUGGAGCUUUGGAAGCUGACACAAAUAUCACUGAAAUAAACAACAUUACACCAUUAGGCAAAAGUAUGGCUGCUUUUCCAUUAUCUCCCCAAUAUGCCAAAAUGUUAUGUUUCAGUAAAGAUCGCAGUUUAUUGCAAUAUAUGUUAUAUAUAAUAUGUGCGAUGUCAGUUCCAGAAUUUUUACCUGGAGAUAAUGAUGAAACAUGGAAAAAAACUAAAUUUUCAUGGGUUAACAAUGGUGAAAACUUACGCUUGGGCGAUCCAAUGGUUAUUUUACGUUCAAUGGGAGGAGCUACACAUGUCAUGAAAACAGUUGGAUUUAAUGGACUUUAUGACUAUUGUUUGAAAACUGGAUUACAUCAGAAAUCUAUUUUAGAAGCAUGGAAACUUAUUAAUCAAUUGCGAAAUCAGUUGAAUAUGAAUGUUCCUUCUUUAAAAUUAGAUUCUGACUAUGAAAUGGAACCACCAACAUCUAUUCAAGUUAAACAAAUGAGACAAAUAAUAUUAUCUGGUAUGGUCGAUAAAGUUGCUAAGAAACUGUCACCUGAAGAAUUAAAAAGGAAUGGUAUUAGACCAAAUAAAGCAGCAUACUAUACACCUAAUAUAGCAGAUAUUGUUUAUAUCCACAAUAGUAGUGUAAUGAAGAGAGUUAAGCCAGAUUGGAUAGUAUAUCAAGAAAUGUUUGAAGUGGAAAACAAAAUGUAUAUUAAAGGAAUUACUGCAAUUGAACCAGAAUGGUUGCCAAUAUAUGCUACUAAGUUAUGUAAAACCUUAAAAAUAUUAGAUGAACCAAAGCCUAGGUACUGCAAAAACACUGAGAAGAUUUUAUGUACUGUCAAUGCUACCUAUGGGCAUGCUGGUUGGAAACUCCCACAAGCUGAAAUUGAGCUUCCAGAAAUGGAUAAAAAAUAUUAUUGGUUAGCAUUCUUUAUACUUAAUGGUGAAAUAUUUCCAAAAUUGUCAAAUUUUACUCAAAAUUUAUUGUCAAAACCUGAAUUAAUAUUAAAACCUUGGAUGAGAUUUUUAAAAGAAUCAUUUUAUUUCAUCACACAAAUAUUACAAAAAAACCAUGAUGAUUCGCCCAAAAAGAUUAAAGAAAGAUGGAAAAAUAAUACUAAGUGUAAGUUGUUAAUAAAAAACAUAUACAUAUAUAUUUGUUUUAUGAGUUUUAUAAGAAUAUUUAACAAUGUUUUUAGAUUUGUUAGAGGAAUAUUUAAUAUGGUUACCCCAGACAGCUCAUGAUGAAGUGAAACUAUUAUGGCCACCAAAUUAACAUUUGUAUAUCGUAAAACAAUUUCAAAUAUUUUGACUUUCUAUGUGUGCAUCUUCUUCAUUUUCAACAAUUUUGGAAUCACAUUUUUCUGAUGUUUUAGAUGAUUUUUUCUGUUUCAUAAAGAAAUUUUAAAAUUUAUAAAUUAAAAUUACUUGACACACAUA